CAGCCAUAUUGUUUUCUGACGGAUCGAAUUAGAAGUGAAGAUUUUAUGCGGUUGAGAAACUACAUACUGGAUAGUUUUAAAACAGAAACUGUCCAGAAACAAGGUAUUUUUAAGAUUCUGCCGCAAUGGUUUCCCAUAGUUUUAAAGUUAGUUUUCAGUUCUGGGGAUCACCACUAUAAUUUUUCUUCUCAUGAUGGAUGAGCGACAUGUUGCUUGAUAUGUUUAGCAACCAAGAUCUAUUAACUUCGUUUGCAUGGUUGACCAAUUUUCUUGGCAAACUGUUUCAUCAAUCACUAUAAGUUGGCAAUGUUUGUUGCUGCGUAUAGGAAAAUAUGAAGCCCCUGAAUAAAACUUUUGACUCUGUCAUUGACAUUCUCAGGAUAGCCAGUGAAGGGCCUCUAAAACAUGUACUUUUUGUUAGAGACCUUCGGUUCAAAAGUAAUCAUUGGUUAUUUUUCUAUAUCAGGGAAUCUAGUUUUUAUGAUUUUUUUGGAAAUCUUCGUUGGACACCAUUUAGCAGUAGUGAUCUCUCUACAUUAAGUUAUUAUUUCCGGGACAGCUCUUUUAUAAGCAAAGUUCAUUAGUCUGUUGUGUAAUAAUAUUAAUUGCUCUGCCACAAUAUUGUAGGUAUGGCGGGCCGAAGCCAAAAGCGGAAGGCAAGUGCUAACCUCAAACCCGAGUUCGAUACCAUCUCACGAUUCGAAAAACGAUGCAGGAGGUGUAAACAAAUGGUAAAGACGUGUGGAAACACAACUAACCUAAAACAACACUUCCUGCGGAAACAUGAAGAAAUCUACCACCGCCUUCUUGAGGCUGCCCAGCAGGCUGAAAAUCCAGAUCCAGAUGAUCCAGAUGCACCUGAUGAGGUGCCUGAACAAGUUGAACCAGUAGCUGGCCCGAGCAGAGAAAGUGAUCCUCCUAGAGUUCCCAGCACAGUGACUCCUUCAAGACAAGUUCAGCAACCCAGCCAAGCAGGUACUUCAGCGAGAAAUCUUGGCCAGCCCACCAUGCCAGCCGAAGCGGAUCCUCAGAGAGUUCCAAGCACAGCGACUCCUUCAAGACAAUCACAGCAACCUAGCCGAGCGGGUACUCCAGCGAGAAACCUUAGCCAGCCCACCAUGCCAGCCACUUUCAAUACCAGCAACAGUUUCAAAAUAGGGGGCGCUCGAGAUAAACAGUUGGUGAACGCUCUUAUGUUUAUGAUUGCCAAAGAUAACGAACCUUUUAGAAUUGUCGAAAAAGAAGGUUUUCGUUAUUUCUGUUCAGUGGCUGUUCCACAAUUUCAAAUACCAGGUAAAACAAAAAUCACUUAUCUGAUGGAAAAAAAGUUCUCAGAACUAAAACCAUUAGUCAAAGAUACGUCAUUUAAAGAUAUUGACUAUAUCUGCAUUACAUUUGAUGUAUGGACAGAUACAAUGAACCAUAAAAGUUAUCUGGGCAUUACAGCUCAUUUUAUGGAAAAUGGUAAACUGGCUAGCUUAAUUUUAAAUACAGUACACCUGGAAGAAAGGCACCUAGGUGUAAAUAUAAAGAACAAAGUAGAAGAAACUUUUAAAGAUUGGGGGCUUAGAACCCUUCGGAUAGUCCUUGUUGUAACGGAUGGAGCUGCGAAUAUGGUGAAUGCUGCAAAUCUUUUGACCGGGAAAGAAGAUAAACAUCUACAUAGCAUUGCGCAUGUGCUUAAUCUUAUUGCUGAAGUGGUAUUAGCAAAUCCCUUCCUGGCACCGCUCCUAGCACCAGUGAAGGCCAUCAUCACAGCUUUUAUUCAAAGUUAUAUUCUUUCUGAUGAGCUAAGAGACGCCCAACCACCUGGUGAAGCCCUCAAACUCAUGCAGUCAGUGAUAACUCGAUGGAACUCAGAAUUCUAUAUGAUCCAAAGAUUUUUAAAAUUAAAAGACUAUAUCAGUGGUGUGCUUAUAAACCACCCUGACUCGGUACAGAUGAUUAGUGCAAGAAAAGUUAGCGAGCUCCAAGAGGUGAUGACGCUCUUGGAGCCUCUUGAGGAAAUGACCAGACAUUUAAGUGGUCUUCAUUAUGUUACGUGCUCAGCCGUAAUUCCAUUGGUAAACUGCCUCCGUGCCACAAUUCAACUGAAAAGACCUGAAUGAGCAGUAGCUAUUGCUGUGCAA